CUUGAUCAUAAUUAUCAUCAUAAGUAGCAUAGUUUGAUAUAUAUAUUUGAUAUGCAAGUUUUGGCAGAAAAUAAACUUAAUUCUGAAACAUAUAAUCAUCAUUUGCAUGAUCAUGAGGAUAUUAUCAAUACUUUUGAGAUAAUUGGAUCAUCAUCACCAAUUAUAAGAAGGCCUUUUUCUCCUUUGUCGCUUGUAUCUCGAAAGAGCUUUUCGUCGUAUGGGAAACUUCCUCUACAACCUAUUAAACUUACUGUUCUUAAACUUGAUGGUUCUUCCUUUGAUAUAAGUGUUGUGAAGAACCCGACAGUGGCACAACUGAAGCAGGCUGUGGAGGAGGCUUUUUCUCAUUUGCCUAAAAAUGGAAUUGGCAAGGUCUCUUGGUCACAUGUAUGGGCGCAAUUCUGCUUAAGUUUUGAUGGUCAGAAGCUUCUUCAUGACCAAGAUACUGUCAGUCUUCAUGGUAUCAAGGACGGUGAUCAGCUUCAGUUUGUCCGACAUACAUCCAUUAGUUACAAUCUUGUAAAGGAAAAAUCAGAAAAGCAUGAUUCAGACUUGGUAAAAACGGCGUCACCAAGCACACAAGAACUGCAGAAAUACAUGCCUAAAAACGAAGGGGGUCAUCAACCUAGUGUCGCGCAAAAUAAUUCACACCAGCUAAAUAAUGAGGAAAAGGAAGAGGACAGUUGUGAUGACAUUGUUGUCAACAUGACAUGUCAAUGCAGCUGGGCUCAUCUAUUAAGACGCCUAUUCUCGUACCGCAGCAGAAGAAACCACGAUGAUACAAGUUAUGAAGCACUUGCUACUUCAAAUCAUCCUGAAAUCUGAAAAGUCCACCAUACAUAAGGAACUUAGGGACAUGAUUUUCAUCGUCUUAUAUCAUGGUCUCUAACUGCUUUAACCUGCAAGUCGUUCCAUUUGUUAUGAGGAUGUAGCAUGUAAAGGGUGAUUCGGCGUGUGUGGAUUGCCUUGAAAACCAUAGCUUGUUUUGUUCGAGUUUGCAGACAAGGGAUCGGUAUUUCAAAAUUCAAGAUUUGUUUGGUUAGAGGAACUAUUUAUUAGUAUUAGGAGUUGACGUUUCUUGCAGAAAUUGGCCUCAAUUACUGUUCUUUAGUUAGGAAUAUGCGAGUUUCAUUUAUAGUUUUUGCAAGAAACGCGGUAAGGCUGUAAGUGGGCAAAUUUGUCUGCAAGAACUAGUCUGAAUAGACAAUAUUGUCGAACUAUUUGUAAAAUAAAUGUAGCAUGCCUUUUUCUAAAA